AUGUCUGCUCGACAGGCAUCUCAGUCCUCUUCAACCUCUUCCGUUGCAGCACCUACAGCACCUACUACACGGUCGUCCACUCGCAGUCGCCGGGAUCUUCGACCGCGACGGUCUCCGCCACCGUCUGCGGUACAAAACUCAGAGACUACCGAGACUCCAUCGUCACCAAAAGAUGCAGGGCCUUCGCAGCCCAUGCCAUCAGCAAUGAGCUUACAGUCGAGACGUGGCGGACUCUCGCCCACAGUGGCCUCGACUACGUCUGCGUCCAGCGUAGGGGGGAGACUUAGGGAAGAUCCGUUGCUUGACUUGCUUAUCGAACAGCAGAAGAAGUCGCUGCGGGAAGUCAACCCACUUGAGGGAGGCUCCUCUGACGAGGUGGAGCAGGCCGCUCGGCUCUUCCUUGGGACCAGCCGGCUAUGCUUCCAGACAUCCAUGGACGCGAUGGAGCUAGAUGAAGCCGAGAUGGAGAGCGAUUACCGCUCCCAAGAGCGGGACAACGUCAUGUCCACUUGGACUGACAUGCUGUUAUUCUUCGACUGCAACCAGUAUGAAGUAGCGUCUGCCGAAGAAGUGAAGGAAGACGUACGGAAGCGUAACAAUGUCCUGACCGACACGGCCGCAUUCUACCUCGACAAAGCAGUAACUCUUUUCAACGCAAUCGUUCUUGUCAAGAACAUCAACCUCCCUGACUCCGUCGCCACCGAUCUCGAGGAGCUCGGCGCUGGAACCGCUUCCGCUCGAGUGACAGCCCGCAACAGGGUGCUCAAGAACCUGUGGGCUAGUUUCUGGCACAUCGUUCCGGGCGCAAGCAAUGAAGAGAUGGAUCUUUGGGUGCAGUUUACUGUUCAGAGUCACAGGGUUUUGGAUGACGAGCGAGUCAAAGACAACGCGCUGCCUAAGCCGGCACAGGGGGGUUUCUGGGGAAAGAACGUGUUCGCAGACUACAGCAACCUCGAUCACGGCAGCCCAGAAUACCGAACGCUCUCGAAUCUCAAACCGCCCCUCUGGGAAACGUUCGAGGAUUCGGUGUUAGAGUACAUCAGGAAGAAGUCUAGCGAGCUACUCGACUUCCAGGUUGAGGAAGGGGAGGGACCGGCCGAUCCGGGAGAAGCCAACAAGGACGCCGAGGGAGGUGAAGGCUCCCCCCAGGACGACGCUGAGGACGCUUCGAUGGUGGAGCCGCUUGACAUGGACAUGUUCCUAGAACUCGCGCAAGAGAUUGAAGCUGAGAAGGGGAUCUCAUCGCCCUUCGGUCGCUCGCCGCAACGGCCGACGUUGACGCCCUUGAUACGUCUCGGCCCUGAACGGCCGACGCCGAGCUUUGACUGGAACGCCCGACAGAAGGACGCCGUGCAAAUCAGCUGGGAGACCCAAGAACAGGAGUCAGAACGGCAGCGCUCGGCCUCUCAGCACUCCAGUGACGCUGACUACUAUGAACUACCAGGCGAGACACAACUGCAAGGUGCAGAGGGGGCUAUGAAUGUCGUACCUGAAGCUUCCCAGCAUGAAGACGAAUCUCGUCGGGACAGCGAUGAGGAGCUGCCCACGAUGACUCAGUUGCAAGGUGGAUCCCUCGCCCCCUUCGACCCAUCCUCACCGGCUGGCGAUGCUGAGGAUCAUGAGGCCGAUCUCCCCCCAGAGUCGCUCUUGAAAGGGGAAUCAGAUGCGUUCGCCGAAGGCGAGGCAGUCUCGGGUAGCAGCGAGACCGGCGACAUCGACAACGACAACUUCCCGACCGAGACCCAACUACACGGAUAUGCAGGAGCAUUCACGGAGCCUCUGGAUGUCCAGUCCACCAUCCUGGAGGAGGACGAGGAAGAAGACGACAUGCCAUCGGAAACUCAACUCAACGGUCACAGUAACGCGCUCGCUCCCAUCCAGCCCCUGGAACCGCUGGAGGAGGGGGAAGAGCAAGAGCGCUCAGCCCUCCCGGAAACGGACGACUUUCCCGAGCCUGAUCAAUUCGAGGGAGACGAUGCAGCCUUCGCUACACAGGCCGCUGGAAACGGGCAGGCGGAUCAAUCGCAGUCGGAUGUUGAGUCACGCGAUAGGGAAGAUCUGCCGGAGUCUGACGUUGCGGAAGAGCAGUCAUCUGACGGGACUCAGAGCGGACUUCCAGAUAUGGAUGAGCUGGCCGGUGACUAUGCUGCCCUCAAUGUCUCGGAGCCCGAGGAGGCAGUCGAGGCCAUCGACGAAGAGGAUGAGUUGCCUGAGUCAGACCCAGCCAUGGGAUCUAGCCAGGGUGUCUCUGAACCUGACCCAACUGGGGACGACGGCCGGGCGCCGGCUCCAUCGGACAUCGAGCGUGAAGGCGGUGAGGCGGAGGCUCCUGUCGGCGUGGCAGGCGAUCCAGCGGACGAUGUCGAUGGAGAUGAGCUCCCUUCCGCCGACCAACUGCAGAGUCAAGAUGGUUUCUUGUCCGAUGAUAAUGAGCUGGCCGUAGCCCACCACCUCGCCGCUGAGGCUCCUGCUCAAGCAAGCCGCGAAGAACAGUCGCCAUCCGCGAGUGCACCGACUGAGCAUGUCGCCCAGCGGAAUUCCCAGCUCGACGCCCAAGGUACGCCCGCGGUGCAAGAGGAGACCCAGAGUGUCGAUGUCAGCACCGCGGAUGCUCUUCCUCAGAACGAACUGGCGGAGCCCAACACAACUCCCGCUGUCCAUGGAUUACCGGAGGUCAUCGAAAGUGCGGUGGCAGUUGACAUCCUUCACGCCGAAGCAGCGAUCGCAGCUCUUUCUGACGCCGCCGAGCCGCCUCUGACGGAGCCGAAGAUAUCGGCCGCUGAGACUCGUCAAGCUCUGAAUCCCUCGGCUGCUGGGCCAGGACCAAGACACAGUCUGCCUGCCAGAUUCCUUCAUCCGCGCCGCCCUGAUCUCACUGAGUUUGCAACUCCUGAUCCCGAGGACGGCCCCGUCGAGGACCGCCCGAGCACUUCAAAUGCGGCGGCCAGACACCUUCACGGUCCGCGACGCCUGCACCGAUUACGCACGGACUCGCCCACUCAGCGCUCCCACCGCUAUUCACCGCCUAUGCUCCUACCAUUCGUUCCUCAUCACGAUCAGACCUCGCCCGCGAUACCUAAAACACCCAGCCAGGCUCAGACCCAGGAGCCUGGAUCGAGCGUCCUCGGGUCUGGCGUCAUGCGCACGACCUCGACUUUGCGGAGGAUCGAUUCUCAAACGCCUUUGGGUGGUGUCCGGCGACAGAUCGUGACGCAUGUCAGAUCUGAAGGUGCGGCUUCGAUCGGUCCUCGUAGGGCAAGAUCCAACACUGGUCGUCUGGGAUACGUUGCUCCCCGAAACGACCCCUACCUGCAUGAUGAGGACGGCGGGCCGCUAGAGCCGGAUCCGGAGUACGUCACGCCCGACGUCUACCCAACACCCCCGCAAGAGCGCGCCGAGCGAAGGACUAGGGUUCCGAUGCACCGCAAAUCGCGUCGCUGGACGGAGGGCGAGGCACUUCUGCUCUACCGCACCAUCCAGAAGGCAUGGUGGUCAGAGCGUACCGCUCAGCAGGUGGCUUGGUACCUGCACGGCGAGUGGGGUCAGAUGUCUCAGCGGCUGAAGGCGUUCAGCGUGCAAAACAUGAAGGAUAAGAUGCGCGAGAUCGUCAAGACCCGAGUUCGCAACGACCGGGCCGUCGUCGGCCGCGCCCGCCACUGGCUCCCCGCCGGCCACCCCGAUAGGGAGGCUUACGAAGAGGAGAUGGCGGCAUGGGCCGACGCCGAGAAUGAGCGACUUCAGCAGGAGCAAGAGGAGGCCGAAGAAGAGGAGGAGCGCAAAGCACUCGAGGCUGCGCAGGCGGAUGAAGAGGAGAUGGAGGACGAGGUGGCUGCGGCUGAUCUCGGCGGCAGUGCAGAGGAGCUGCCGGACGAGGAAAUGGACUGGGAGGCUCAUCCGGAGCUUCUUGUGGAUGUGGAAGGACAGGAGCAUGCUUCCGAGCUUAGCGAGCAUGAGGACGGAAGGGGCGGUCCAGCAGUGCGUGAAGCCGCUCACGUUACUCGUGAACCUUCUGCCCAGCGCACAACACGAGCGGCCCGAACUUCCAUCGGUGCUCGCUGGCGCACUGAUAAUGACGACGAAAUAGACGAGCUGGAGUCCGACCAAGGCGAACCCGAACCUGCAGACGAUUUCGCCGACAACAUCAGUGUGGCCGAUAGCGAUGUAGGCAUUGCCGAGCACGCGGACUUCCCGGCCCCGAUUGACGUUGCGGCACUUCUCAACUCUCGCAAGCGUCGCACGACCGAGCCGCAGAGCGGUACGCCCAAGCGUAGGCAUACCUUCGGUGCAGAGCCCAGGGGGCUGGUGGUGCGACCGCAGGCUCGCCCUUCGUUACCUGCGCCAAAGCGGAAGACCAUUACCUAUCGCAAUCAAGCACGGCCACCACGUGAGCUUGAGAGCAGCGAGACCGAUUCAAGUGAGGAGGAAGCUCGGUUACAGUUACCUGCACUUCGCACUCGGCCUAGCAGCGGUACGCCACGCUCUGGACCGGCAACGGCUGUGCAGCAAGCGCGACGCUCUGCCCACACGGAGCCGCGACCGCCCCGCCGUUCCACCUCUGCGGCGCGCGACGCAGCCGCUCGUGGCGUUCAAUCCUCGCCACCGCAAGCUCUGCGCAACCAACACGGACCUCGGCAAUCGUCCUCACAUUUGGAAAGCGAGAGCUCGGACCAUGAUGACUUUGUUCCUAAGCGGUGGUUCAAGCUUCCUGAGAUUACAAGCAAGCGCUCCACUCGAGCGUCUACAGCUUCUCAACGUCUGUCCGCUGCGGCGGAGUCUUCGUGCGAUGACGAAAAUACUCAGAACGCCACACUCGAACGCCAUCAAGCCGACGCAGACACCUCGUCGGACGGCUUGCCGGCCGAAACGCAGGCUAGUCUCGGAGAUACACAACCGGAGAAACAAGUGCCGCGCACAACCGUCGUGGCCCGGGCCCGGCGAGGGCGCGGCGGGAUGAAGGGAGGGCCCUCACGCCCACUGUCCGUCGUGGCAGAGCGGACCGAGUCGGUCGAGAGCCGCAUUGAUCGCCUGGCCCCGGCCAGGUCAGAGAGCGCGAGUUCUGGGGUGAUCCCAGAAGCUGAAACUGAGGAGGAGGCUGCUGCGGAGGAGGAGGAGGAGGUAGCUGCACCAGAGACGCCGCGGCCGAGCCAGACUUCGCGUCUGCGCGAGAUUGCACGCAAGGUGAUGGGAGUGUGA